AUGGAGGCCAGCGAAGUCGCGGCCGACAUGAAAGUGGUCGAGUUCCCCGACAGGCCGCCGCCGAGGCAGGCGACCCCCUCCGUGGCCUUUGCCAACGGCCCGCACAACGUUCCCGACGAGGACGACCCGGUGAUGCUCGCCACGGACCCUGUCGAGGACCGCAGGCGUGCAGGGAGGGGUGCCUUCCGCUCCGUGGCUUUUGCCGACGACCUCCGCACAGCCCCCGGGCCGCGGGCGCGCAGAGGGGGCCCAGGCCGUGUGCGAGUGGCUGCGCUCGGCGCUGCUGGAGGAGCGCACCGCCGUGGCCAGGGACCUGCUCUGGAAGCACACCGCGAUGGUCGCCGAGCUGGAGGCCCGGGUGUGCGCUGCAGCGCCCGGGCGGCCCCGGAGCCCGCCGAGGGCCUCCGAGGGCCCCCUCGCGCUCCGCAGCCCGAGGGUGCAGCCCGAGGCGGCGCAGGCCAUGGCCAGUGCGGGCCAGGCUGGCUGCGGCCCGCACGGGUACGUGGACUUGCGCGGGGCCGGCGAUGCGGAAGAUGCCAUCAUCAGGUUGGAGAGCGGGGAGGCGGCGCCAUCAUCGGGGGAAGCGCAUCCCGUGGCGGCACGGUGCGGAAGCCCAGGGACACUGCCGCCUUGUCGGAGAGGCGCGCCAAGAGGUCGGAGCCCGCCUCCUCCGCGGAGUCUGGCUCGCUGCACUGGGGCUCCACAAUGAAGACAACGACUACAGCAAACCGCCUUUUCCGUCCGAGCCGCAUAAAGUCUGGGAUCAAAAAUGAUUCUUUUGAGUUCAAGCUACGAUUGCUUGUCAAGAGCAACCAGUUUGAGGUUUUCUCGGCUAUAGUCGUAAUCGUCAAUACCGUGUUCGCGUCGCUGGAGGUCCAGUACCAAAGUUUCCAGCUUGGCCAUGACCUCGGGUACCGAUGGUACAGCACGAACAGCAAGGAUACCUGGCCUGGCGCGGACACCCUCUUCGAGGUCAUGGAUUAUUGGUGCGGGGUCAUGUUAACGAUCGAGGUGUUACUGAAAGGAGUUGCGUAUCGUCUCGAAUUCUGCCAAGACAGCUGGAACGUUAUUGAUCUUGUAGUUACUGUCUUUUGGUACACUGAGGUAGUGGGCCAAAGCGUGAUUCCUCUUGAUACCUCGGUGCUUCGCAUGGGGCGAAUGGUCCGCCUCUUCCGCCUGCUCAAGUUGGCAAAGAGGAUCCACGGCUUCGAUUCGAUGUAUUUGAUGACUACCGCCAUCCGUGGCAGUCUCUCUUCGUUGGCGUGGUCUUGCUGUUUGCUUAGUCUUUUCCAGGUCGUCGUCGCGCUCUGUGUCAAUUCUGUUCUGGCCACUUGGUAUUUCAACAAAGACUACCCCGUGGAAGAGCAGAGGAUUGUGUUCGAAUAUUGGGGCUCGUUUUCCAGGGCCCUUCUGACCACCUUCGAGAUGACAUUGGCAGACUUCCCAGAACCCUGCAGGAUGCUCUCAGAGUUUGUCAACGAGUGGUUCGCAGUCUUCUUCGUCGCGCACAAGCUCACCAUAGGCUUUGCUACGGUUGCCGGCGGAUUGGUGUGA